AUGGAUACAUUAAUCCGCGAAAAUAAAGUGCAUGCACGCCUGAUCAACAAUGCACUGCUCAACUUUAAAAAAUUGGGGAAGGUGAAUCACACUCCUGCAGUGAUUCGCAGUCGGAUCAACCUGCUUAAGGAUUACUGGGCCAAAUUCCAAUCAACGCAAGUCCAGAUCGAGGUUGCAGCAACGGAGGAGGACACCAGGGCGAAUCCCUACUUCUCCAGCGACGUCUUCGGGGAUACGGAAGCAGCUUUCCUUGCCGCCCUCGACGCUAUGACGGCAGCCUUACCGACGGACUCCGAACCUGCAAGUAACCCAUGUAAUACGAGUACCGCUUCUUGUAAUCGCGAAUCUGCACUGUCGGCCAAGCUUCCUCGCGUCGAAUUACCUAAAUUCUCCGGGGACUAUACGGAAUGGGAAAAUUUUCGAGGCCUCUUUCAGUCUUUAGUUGGCUCUAACGACGCGUUACCGGAGGUGCAAAAGUUGCACUAUCUUAAAUUAAGCUUAAUUGGUGAAGCGUCUCUUCUAUUAAAAAACGUUGCCACUUCCGCGGCGAAUUACGAGGCAGCGUGGAAACUAUUGACCGACAGGUACGCUAACGAACGCGCGCUCAUAACCGCUCACCUGAAAAUGUUGUUCGACUCACCCCCGAUCGGAUCCGCAGUUCUAAGCGAUUUAAAAAGUUUACGCGAUAGAUCUCGCGCCGCAUUAACGGCCUUAAAAAACAUGGCUCGCCCGGUCGAAUACUGGGACGAUGUUCUUGUUUUUCACUUUGUCCGCAAGUUGGACAAGGAGUCCCAUCGGGAGUGGGAGUUACGCAUGGGUGAAGAGGAAUUGUUCCCAUCCCUCGCGGAUUGGGAGGCGUUCCUCAAUGUGCGAAUUCGAACUCUGGAAUCGUUGGCGUCAUCCCACGGAGAAGGAAACAGCGCCUAUAAAAAUAAAUCAGCGCCUAUUAAAAACGUGAAAGCGCAUUUAAACGCGUCGGAAACGAAAUGCGUCGCGUGCGGCGCCGAUCACGCUUUGUUUAAAUGUGACGUGUUCCGUGGGCAAUCCGUCGAACAACGAUUAUCACUCGCGCGCGAACAUCAUCGAUGUUUUAAUUGUUUACAAAAAGGACAUCUCCCGGCAGCCUGUCCUAGCAAACGCGCUUGUUCGAUAUGUAAAGGUAGACAUCAUUCUCUUUUGCAUUCUGAGCGAAAGGGUUCGAAGACGUCGUUCGUGUAA